AACGCACAGAAGAUUGGAAGAGGAGUCGCAGUAGAAGGAAAACCAAAAAGGCCCAUAGAAUUCCUUGGGCAGGAGGCAAUCUCAACCUGGUGGGGAGUGUUAUGCCUAACUAUGACAUCAAUUUCGUUGUCAUCAAUGAGUAGUGUUCGUAUCCCUUAUUGCUUCUGCCGCUGUAACAGUUUCUCCUCUCAUGUGAGGAUGUCUCGGUUGUCAACUCUCGCUUGCGCAAGCUCCGACCCAACCACUUCUGCAACCCAACUAGCAUCGGAACCAAAGCCGAAGCCAUGGCUGCUUGUCGGGCUCGGCAAUCCUGGCAAGUUAUACAAAGGGACGAGACACAACGUGGGUUUUGAGAUGAUAGACACCAUAGCCGAAGCUGAAGGGAUAUCCAUGAACAGUGUUAACUUUAAAGCUCUUUUUGGAAAAGGAUGUAUAGGACAUGUCCCAGUAAUGCUCGCUAAACCACAGACUUUCAUGAAUGCAAGUGGUGAGUCUGUUGGAUCCAUUGUUUCAUAUUACAAGAUUCCACUGAAGCAAGUACUGGUCAUAUUUGAUGACAUGGAUUUGCCUUUUGCAAAACCACGUCUACUGCCAAAAGGUGGACAUGGGGGGCACAAUGGGAUGAGAAAUAUCAUCAAUCACUUCAAAGGGAGUAAUGAUUUUCCACGUUUAAAGAUAGGCAUUGGACGACCUCCUGGGAAAAUGGAUCCUGUGAACUUUGUUCUUCGACAGUUCAAUAAACAAGAACGUGAAGAGUUGGACUUCACAUUUCAAAGCGGUUUGGAAGCUGUAAGGAUUCUUUUGCGGGAGGGCUUUGAAAAAAGUGCUACAUUUGUUAACAGUUCGAAGACGUUGGAAAAUUUUCGGUAAGCAGAGGAGUUUCGAUCCACAGCUGAAAAAGGAAACAGUCUGAGGGAAUACUGGACUAGUGAAAGGUGAGUUGUGUUUUACUCACCCAGGGGGCUGCAAGGCUUGUUUAGGGUGGGAAAAUUCUUAGCUAGAUUGAGAGAAGGCAAGGCUUGAUCAAUGAGGAUAUCAAAUGCCAGAAUCAAUUUUGAACCAGGGGUUACAGAACAUUUCUCUCUCUCUCUCUCUCUCUCUCUCUCUCUCUCUCUCUCUCUUUGUUGGUGUUAUCAUUUUUUAUUGGAUAUGUUAAAUUGUCAUUUUUCUUUCCCUAAAAAUGGGAAGUUUUAUUUGAAUGAAGGUGAAGAGUGGAUAAGGUUUUGUACUGUAAUAAGUUUGUACAACUCUCAACUGUUAGGUGGGUGUAGUUGUGCCCUGUGGUUUUGGUAAUGGAUAUGGUUGCAGAGGAUAUUUAUUGUGGA